UGCAUAUAAAAUAUGGCGUUUAUUGUGGAUCUGCGGUCUGAUACCGUCACUAAGCCUACAAAAUCUAUGAUGCACGCAAUGGUAAAUUCUGCUCUUGGAGACGAUGUAUUUGGAGAAGAUCCUACUGUGAAUGCUUUGGAGAGUAAAGUAGCAACUUUAUUAGGAAAACAAGCGGCAUUAUUCGUACCCAGUGGUACUAUGGCUAACCUUAUUGCAAUAAUGGUGCAUUGUAAUAAAAGAGGUUCAGAGGCAAUUGUCGGUAAUCUAUCACAUAUUUUCAAAUAUGAACAGGGUGGUGCGGCUCAUGUUGCAGGAGUUCUUUUAAGUACUAUUCAAAACAAACCUGAUGGAACUUUUGACUUGCAAGAGUUGGAGAGUAAAAUUCGGGGGUCAGAUAUCCAUGAAGCGAUAACAUCUUUAAUUGCAAUCGAAAAUACUCACAAUGUUUGUGGAGGGAAGGUUUUGCCAAUCCAGUGGAUAGAUGAUCUCGCAGAGCUCUGCAAGAAGCAUAACAUACUCCUACAUAUGGACGGAGCUCGACUGCUGAACGCCAGCACGUAUUUGGAGGUGCCGGCGGAGCGAAUCGUACGAGGCUGCGACAGCGUGUCGCUGUGUUUCAGCAAGGGACUGUCCGCGCCCGCAGGCUCCGCACUCGUGGGCUCCUACCAUUUCAUAAAGCAGGCGCGGCGCGCGCGCAAGAUGCUGGGCGGCGGCAUGCGGCAGGCCGGCGUGCUGGCGGCGCCGUGCGCGGUGGCGCUGGACGACGCGGCGCUGGCGCUCGACCACCGCCGCGCGCGCGUGCUGGCGGACGUCAUCCACGGCCUCUUCCUCAAGACGUUCUCCGUGGACGUCGAAGGUCAGCGCACAAACAUAGUACUGGUGCGGAUUUCCGAGAAUAGUCCUCUGAAUGCUGAUCAAGUGCUGCAGAGGCUGGCACAAAUAUGUUUGGCUGAAACUCAGGGAAGUUGUAAGACUACGAACGACGAAGGCGUGAUAGUUAAAGCGAUAUGCUUUAAUGAAAAAACUCUGAGGUUCACACUUCACCGCGAGAUACAGGACGAGGAACUCUGGUUGGCCAUCAUGAAGAUCACUUAUGUGUUCAAGGAGUUGGACGCUGCUCAUCCCGUAAAGAGUUAAAGCAGUAACCCCAUUAUAGAACACGACCAUCGACCAUAGACAAAUGAUAUUUCUAUAUAUUAUUGUUGAAAUACAUAUAUUUUCCCGAAUAUAAAUCUAUUGUAUACAUACAUAUUAGACUGACUAA